AGACCAAUAAGGAAAAUAAAUUGUAUGGUUUUGACUGAUGUUAGGGAUGCUAGGAUAAUAUUCACAGAGCAAAACAAAAAUAAUUCUCUGUUUCUCCAACUUCUGCAUAGUGAUACAAUCAAAGUUGCGCCUAAUAACUAUCAAUAAUACGCUCCAAAAAAUCAUCACAUACGAUUUACCGGAAAACAUUGCAGGCCCUUGUCCACCUCAGUGUUAACCCAUUAACAUCAAGGUGUCUUACAGUUUUUUUUAAUUUGUUAUCAAAGAUGAAAUACCAAUAAAAUAAGCAUGAUUUGACGAAAAGAAUGGUGUCGUUAAAAUGGUGUAGUUAAAAAAAUCUUCAUUGCAGGUCCUCAAUAUCUGAUAAUUUUCUCAAGUUCUAUUUCAGCACAACUUCUAUACUAUCGUUACAUUGUGAUCCGUAUAAACACAAUACAGCUCUAAGCAAGUGAGAGUGAUGAUAAUCACUCAAAAAGAAUAGAAAAAGAAAGACGUACGUAUAUUAGGGUGUUCCAAAACGAAAUUUAUCAAAAAAUCAACUUUUAAGGUUUUUGUGAUUACAAAUAUGAUAAUUACACAUGUUUACAAUUUUACUGGCACACGUUGUUCGGAGAAGUUGUAGCAAACAAGUAUAGCUUUCAAUUUCUACCGAAAGAAUUAAGCUUUGACAAGUUUUAGUGAAGUUAUGAUAUUUUGAAGUUCAAAAAUAGUCGAAAAACACAAAAUUGAUUUGAUGCACCUCUUAAUUUCAAUGGAUUUGGCUGAAUUUUUGACAAGUUAUUUCUUUUAGGAUGCCAAUCAAAAUAUGGGGGUGGACUUGAGAAUCAGAGAACAUUUUUGAAAAGGUGGAGAGGCCUAAUAUGCAUGGCCUUUGAGCAGUGUUCAACAUUUCUCAAAUUUAAAUUACAAAUACAAAUCUAAUAAAGAGUGCUUACUAUGCGUAGCAUAACCAAACAAAUAAAUUAGAUUUUACACAGAUAAUGAUUUCUGAAAAAGUAACUGAAUUUUUCAUUCAGUACACCACAAAGUCUCUUUACGUACUCACCAUACGUAAAAUUUUAAGAAAAAAAAUAAUCAUGUUUUAAAAAGCAAAUCGGGUUAAGGAGAAACUUCAAAGAAUACCAAUAUGGCUGCCACAAUGGCCGACUUGGACCCCUACUCACGUUUUCAAGAGCACAAAUCUUGAAAAUUCGUAAACAAAUGCGCUCGCUUUGAAAAAGCUGCCUCCUUUUACAAGUGAGCAAAGCCAGGAUAAUCAAGUGCGGCAUGAUUCGAUGCUUCGUUCGUCAGAUUUGUGCCUCUAAAGUUUGUAUGCAAAAUUGCAAUGGGAUUUCUUGAUGUUUCACCUUAAGCAUUGUUCCUUUUAAUUCCAUUGUUAAGCAUUGUUCCUUUUAAGAACUUGCUUCCUUUGGCAGAUUCGUAUUUCGACGUCAACUGUAAGGUCUUUAGUGUCUCGUACUUACAGGUAUUCCACUAACACGCCCAGUUUCAUCAUCAUUCCAUGUUUUGAUAUAAACUUUCAACCUGACAUACUCUACACGGCUUCUCCAGUUAUGGUUGUACUGCUCCAUGAUUUUUGUUCGUGACCAAUAUGUGGGUUCUCAAGAUCAACCCAAACAUAAAACACAUAAUAAUGACAAUGUAUCUCAAAAUAGAAACCUAUAUUUAACCCGUUAACGCCUAAGGUGUCUUACAAUUGUAAUUUUCAUAAAAAAUAUAUUUAACAGUCAAGUUCCAAUAAAUAAACACGAUUUCACAAAAAAAAAAUAACAUGGAAGUCUAUGGUAUAUGGUGUCAUGCCACAAAAGUUCAUUAUUGGACGGGCGCACUAGCUUAAUUUCCCCAACAAGAGAGGAAAAAAAAUGGUGUGGCUCCAAAAAAUACUUUCAAUGUGGCUUCUCAACAUCUGAUAAUUUUUUUUUUUUCAAGCGCUCUUUUAGCACAAAUUUUAUACUAUAGUUGUGUUCUGAUCCAUAUAGAUACAAUGCAUCUAUAAUUAGUGAAAGAGAGCAUAACUACUGAGGGGGUGGAAGCUCAGGUAAAAUAUUAUCUCCUGGGCGCCCAUUAAAAACACCACCCCCGGCGAAGACUGGCGCUCGAGCCUAGCUAUUUAGCACUGUAGUUGGAGGAAAUGCCAAUGCAGAACCCGUAGCUUCCGGGAAGGUAAGCCCAGCUCCCUGGGUUAGUGGGUUGGUGUCAGGCCCUGCGAGCCAGCCGUAAAAAAAGACUAGCACCGGAAAAUCAACAAGAGAAGAAUGCGAACCGAUACCAAUGGCGACGACCACAGCGACGAAAAGGGACUUGCGAUUGGAAGCUCGGUACGUGGAACUGCAGAUCUCUCAACUUCAUCGGGAGCACCCGCAUACUCGCCGAUAUACUGAAGGACCGCGGGUUCGGAAUCGUAGCGCUGCAGGAGGUGUGUUGGACAGGAUCUAUGGUGCGAACGUUUAGAGGUAAUCAUGCCAUCUACCAGAGUUGCGGCAACACACGUGAGCUGGGAACAGCUUUUAUAGUGAUGGGCGACAUGCAGAGGCGCGUGAUCGGCUGGUGGCCGAUCGACGAAAGAAUGUGCAGGUUGAGGAUCAAGGGCCGAUUCUUCAACAUUAGCAUAAUAAACGUGCACAGCCCUCACUCCGGAAGCACUGAUGAUGACAAAGACACAUUUUACGCGCAGCUCGAACGCGAGUACGACCGCUGCCCAAACCACGACGUCAAGAUCAUCAUAGGGGAUCUAAACGCUCAGGUAGGCCAGGAGGAGGAAUUCAGACCGACGAUUGGAAAGUUCAGCGCCCACCAGCUGACGAACGAAAAUGGCCUACGCCUCAUCGAUUUCGCCGCCUCCAAGAACAUGGCCAUUCGUAGCACCUUCUUCCAGCACAGCCUCCCGUAUCGUUACACCUGGAGAUCACCACAACAAACGGAAUCGCAAAUCGACCACGUUCUGAUUGAUGGACGGCACUUCUCCGACAUUAUCGACGUCAGGACCUAUCGUGGCGCUAAUAUCGACUCCGAUCACUACCUGGUGAUGGUUAAACUGCGCCCAAAACUCUCCGUUAUUAACAAUGUACAUUACCAGCGGCCGCCCCGGUACGAUCUAGAGCGACUGAAGCAACCGGAUGUCGCCACCGCAUACGCGCAGAAUCUCGAGGCAGCGUUGCCGGACGAGUGUGUGCUCGAUGUGGCCCCUCUAGAGGACUGCUGGAGUACAGUGAAAGCAGCCAUCAACAACGCAGCCGAGAGCACUAUCGGGUACGUAGAACGGAGUCGAUGAAACGAUUGGUUCGACGAGGAGUGCAGAGCGGUUCUGUAGGAGAAGGAUGCAGCGCGGGCGGUAAUGCUGCAGCAUGGAACCCGACAGAAUGUGGAGCGAUACAGACAGAAGCGGAAGCAGCAGACCCGUCUCUUCCGGGAGAAAAAGCGCCGCCUGGAAGAAGCGGAGUGCGAGGAAAUGGAACUGCUGUGCCGUUCACAGGAAACACGCAAGUUCUACCAGAAGCUCAACGCAUCCCGCAAAGGCUACGUGCCGCAAGCCGAAAUAUGCAGGGAUAAGGAAGGGAGCCUCCUGACGGACAAACGUGGGAAACCGAACAGCUACCGGAGGAGUGGAAGGAAGGGAUAAUCUGUCCCAUCCACAAGAAAGGCGACAAGUUAAUGUGUGAGAACUUUCGAGCGAUCACCGUUUUGAAUGCCGCCUACAAAGUGCUAUCCCAGAUCAUCUUCCGUCGUCUUUCACCUGAAAAAAAUUAGUUCGUGGGAAGUUACCAAGCCGAUUUCAUCGACGGCCGGUCGACAACGGACCAGAUCUUACAGCGUAAGGAUUUCGGGUGAGCUAUCCGGUUCAUUUGAAUCUCGACGGGGACUACGACAAGGUGAUGGACUUUCCUGCCUACUAUUCAACAUCGCCCUGGAAGGUGUUAUGCGAUGAGCCGGGCUCAACAGCCGGGGUACGAUCUUCACGAAAUCCAGCCAAUUUGUCUGUUUUGCGGAUGACAUGGAUAUUAUUGCCAGAACAUUUGGAACGGUGGCAGAACAGUACACCUGCCUGAAACGUGAAGCAGCAAAGGUCGGACUGGUGGUGAAUGCGGCUAAGACAAAGUACAUGCUGGUAGGUGGGACUGAGCGAGACAGGACAAGCCUUGGCAGCAAUGUUACGAUAGACGGGGAUACUUUCGAGGUGGUAGAAGAAUUCGUCUACCUCGGUUCCUUGUUAACGGCUGACAAUAACGUGAGCCGUGAAAUACGAAGGCGCAUCAUCAGUGGAAGUCGUGCCUACUAUGGGCUCCAGAAGAAACUGCGGUCAAAAAAGAUUCACCCCCGCACCAAAUGUACCAUGUACAAGACGUUAAUAAGACCUGUGGUUCUCUACGGACACGAGACAUGGACGAUGCUCGAGGAAGACCUGCAAGCACUCGGAGUUUUCGAGCGACGGGUACUAAGGACGAUCUUCGGCGGUGUGCAGGAGAACGGUGUGUGGCGGAGAAGGAUGAACCACGAGCUCGCUGCACUUUACGGCGAACACAGUAUCCAGAAAGUGGCCAAAGCUGGAAGGAUACGGUGGGCAGGGCAUGUUGCAAGAAUGCCGGACAACAACCCUGCAAAGUUGGUGUUUGCUAACCAUCCGGUUGGUACAAGAAGGCGUGGAGCGCAGAGAGCACGAUGGGCGGACCAGGUGGAGCGUGAUCUGGCGAGUGUUGGGCGUGACCGAGGAUGGAGAGCUGCAGCUGCAAAUCGAGUAUUAUGGCGGCAAAUUGUUGAUUCAGUAUUAUCAUGAAUUUUAUGUGAACUAAAUAAAUGAAAUGAACUACUGAGGAAAAAUAAGAAAAUUUCUGUCAGAUGACAUGAUAGUUUAUUAAAGAUAUCUAAGAGUAUCAAACAGCCUAUUUCUCCCUGUUUCCUUAUUUUUCUCUUACUACCCCAAUCUCAUAAAAUGUAAUUAACGCUUGGAAUGAAUUCCUGAAAGUCACAAAAUAAAUCCCGUACAGAAUCCCUGCUAGAAUCCUUAAAGAUGUCACGGAAGGAAUCCCGGUUGGAAGCUCGGCAAAACUCCUUGAAAGAAUAAUUGAAGAAAUCCCGGGAGGAAUGUCAAAAAACCGGGAAGAAUGUUUGGAGGAACCCCGGUAGGAAUCCUAGCAUGAAUACUUGCAUUCUUUUUUCGUUGGUAGACUUUCGAGCAAAUCUAAGAAGAGAAAAAAUAAUUACUCACACGUCAGUUUGCAUGGCAGUUAGCAGCUGAACGAACCAUGUAUUAAUUACACCACCCGAGAGCGUGCGUUCAAUGUUGUUUUCGUUAGCAGUGACAAAACCCAAUCUAUGGGAAAAGCAGUGGGAGAAUAUUUUGGUGGGACAAAAUUUUCCGCGUGUGGCAAAAUCCGCAAUAACUUUUUUAUUUGUAUCAUGAAGUUUUGAGGCGAUUGAUUCAUUGUAUAACAGUAAUUGAUCUGAAUAAUGUAUUACGGAUUUCAUUUUGGGUCAUAAGCAUCCCAACGGUUGCUUUGGAUGAUAAAUUCAACUAAUACAAUAUAGAUCUUUAGAAACAAGUGUUAGAUUGAUAUAUAUAUAAUUAGAAAAUUGGUCAAAUGUGUAUACACAAUGCCGCAGUAGUACCCUCUUUACAGAAGUUUGUGUUCUUAAGGUGUUUGUUAUGAUUUACGGCGUAUUCUUCGAAACAGAUUACAGUCACUAUUUACAAUUAAUCAAUUUUUAUCUUUCUUUCGAAUAUAAGAGCUUUUACAUUCAUCGCCGUAAAUUCCUUAACACCCCAUUUUCAUAUUUUCUAAAGAUUCGCACAUUUUGUUGAAUAUCUUCAAUUUCUCCAAAAAAUCGUCUAAUUUUGUAAUCUAUAUGCGUAGCAGGCAGCAAGACAAUGAUCGUACUGAAUCGUAUCGAAAGUUUUAAGAAGUAGAACCCAUGAAUUAAUGAGGACGAAAUUUCAUGGGGUCGAUCCCAGUCCCGGCAAUUUUUCGUCAGGUACUUCCGGUGUAGUAACGAUUGAACACGAAGGGUUUCGGGAAAUGACGUAGUUCCGGGUCCGUCCGAGAUUAUUCACGUUCCCUUAUCUGAGGCUACAAAGACUCUAUCAUUUCGUCCGUGAUAGCUCAAAGAGUUGGAAGUGUCCGCGUUUGCUUGUUAGUUCUUCGUGUGCCUAAAGUAGGUGUUUUAAGUGAUGUUAGGUAUAGAUAAAUAGUUUAAUUUGGGGCUUCGUU